CGCAUAGUGCAUUAGACGCUGGUCCAUAGGCACAGCCAAGCAAAAUGAGCUUCCCUGAUCAGUUUUCCGGUGCCUUGGUAGAUGUCACCGGUGACGUGCGCCUGGGGGUAGCCGAGUCUGAAGCUUCCGAAAUCCUCAAACCACAGUAUACUACAUAUCAGAAAAAGAUGAUGGCUAAGGAGUUACAGGGGGCGAUAGUCCUUAAGAAGAAGAUGGCUCUGGACUGUCCCGUGAAAAUCACACUCACCUGAGAUUGGCGAGGAGCUCGACGUCGGCCAUUUCAGAUCAGCUAUUGUAGCUGAUUCGGUUAUGCGAUUACUCAAGUUUUCAGGGGUGAAAGUUCAUCUGAGGAAUCACAUAGGUGCCUGGAGUAAAAAGUUUUGUAUGCUUCUUCAAUACUUCAUGGCAGAGUACCGAAAGAAACCAGGAGAAUUGGAUGAGCGAGUGUUUAAGAAUCAGAGACUGCAGGACUUGCUCAGAAGAUCAGGUCAGACAUUCCAAGCAGACCGUGAAUUCAAGAAAGCAGCUGAAGCCCUUUUCUGGCAGGCAAGUUGGUUUUUAACAAGGAUUAUCUUAGAAGAAAUUUAAGCUUGAUAUGCAUAUUUUGUUACUUCAUAUCUUAUUUUGCAGCAUGUGGAUUCCAAUGUCUCUUUAUCAAGGCAUGGCCCUUGGUCUCUGAAUUCUGUUAUCAAGAAUUUGAGAACAUCUAUAGAAGGAUUGGAGUUACCAUUCUCGAUGGACAGGAAGAUCGCGUCCACUUGUAUUUUCAUGCUGCUAUACAGACCUUGAAGAGUUUUGGAUUGAUUUCAGAAAGGAAGGACGAUCAGCAUAUAUUCUUGAUUGACAAGAAUGGUCGUUUGGGCGAUGACAUUACUAAUUUUAUGAUCGAAGGUUUUAACCAUAUCCUAACUGAUCUCACAGCUCUCUGGUAUCGGCUCAAGGUUGAGAAAGCCGAGUGGAUCAUAUACAUUACUAUUGAGCAGAAGCAGCAGAAGAGCAAUGUUAUGAAGUUAGCUGGAACUGCUGGUUGGCUCCCAACGGAGUGUGGCUCGUUCAAGACAUUGCCUAAAGCUAGCCAUAUUGGUGUUGGUCUUGUUCCUGGAUCAGAUACUGUCAAAGCUUUUAAAUUGUUUGAUCUACUUGAUGAAGCUAAGAGCGCAGCCCGAAGACACCUUAUGAAGUGUGGUGAUGGCCGGGGUAACAAGUGGGAUGAAGAUUCUCUUGAAAAAUUGGCAGAAACUAUUGGUUGUGCUGCUGCCAAGUAUGUUUACUUGCAGGAUGAUAGACGUGGCAAUGAUAAGUCUGAUUUUGUUCGGAUGCUAAAUGACAGGGAAAUCAAUGUUUACUUUCUCGAUCAUGGUUCUUUCUGUUAUACAUGGAGGCAUUAUAAAGAAGUGGAGAACGACGAUAUUGUGUUGGAUGAAGAUCUGGAAUGUGAACUGGGGUCACAUUUGCUGAAAUUUGCUGAGACAGUGAUGACAGCAUGCAAAUCUGUCAAACCGAGUCUAUUGUGUGGUUAUUUAUCCCGGCUGAUACAAAUCUUUAAGACGUUUUCAGAUGAUUUCAAGGCUCGGAAGGUCUUCAUCUUUAGGAAUCUGGAGUUAUGGAGGAGAAAAACAUUGCUUUGUGAGGCAGCAUCUUCUAUAAUGCGCCGGUGUUUUGAUCUACUCGGAGUCCCUGAUCCAUUACUGUUAUGUAGUGAAGAAUCUGAUAAAUCUGCUGGCAAAUAAACCGUGAUCGCAACUGACAAUGCUGUAGUUUCUAGACAGUUUAACUCAUAGUAUCUUAUAUUAUGUGAAUUAAAAACUGUUGGUGCAAGUGGUGCAAGAAAAAUGAAAAAUUGAAUAGUAAUUGAGUAGUAAUAUAUAGGGAGCAUUCAUCUUACAAAUGCAUGGCAAAAUUCUAGACUAGUUAUGUUGUUUUGUUGUGUUUUUGUUACAGAUAGGUUUCCAAGUAUUGUCACUAUAUCAGUGUCUUGCUGUUAGCAUUUAACACCUAUAUCUAGAACCCAAAAGAGAUAAAUUUCCAUUGAAAAUAAAUAAGUUGGACAAUGAAGGUAAAAUCAUACAUCACUGAGAUUGUUUGUUUCUCUCUUUCAACCCACGGACCUAUAACCAAUGUUUUACAGAAUUGUUGUGUCCAACAAAACCUGUAUCAAAUAUAAUGUAUCCCAGUUUUUUAUGUUCAAGGGAUGGCUAGUAAGGUAGCGUUUGUGAACAUUUGAGAGUGUGGCUUAUGGAUUCUUGGCUUUGACUUUCAAUGCUCGCUCAGCACAGGUUUGGCUCUUCUUUAGUUUACACUAGGAAGGUUCUUUUUUCCCUUUGCUCGAGUCAAAUUUUGCAGAGGUGAGAAAAAGAAAUGUCUUUUAGAUGUAUUUGAAUACUGCAAAAUUAAACGGAGAGCAGUAGCUGAGCAACUUAUUUACUGCAGUGUGUGGUAAUGUUCGCGACUCCUUGUAUCAUCAUUAGUGCGUCUGUUGGAGCAAGUGAAAAAGGUUCUCCAGUUGAUGGACUUGUUGUCCAGCGACCAAUUCUUAUCAAAAGGUUGGUCUGAGUGCCAGUGGAAAAAGCACAGCUGUCAAUCUCUUUCUUUGGCUUUAUGAACCAAUGCCUAGGCAGGUAAGCUGCUUCUUCUCCAUCAAUUUUUAGCUUCGUCUUCCAUCAUUUUUCAAAAUCACAUUUUACACUUAGACUGUCAUAUGUAAGCUCAUUCUUUUAGCAGAUUUAGAUUGAUAGUUUUCCCCUCAGAGAGUUGGAUACCAGGGGGCUGAAUCAGGUUAGAAUGCACAAAACUUUCUUGAGUUGGUGGUAAAAUUAUGUUUGAAUUUACAUUUCAGACAUGAACCAAAUCUAUUUCAUAUGAACAUCAAGUCAACAAUAAGAAAUGGUCCGGAGAUAUUAAAGAGGAAAAUAUAUAAUGGGCUGCAAAGCAAGAGUAUGCUCAUGAGUUCAUUUCAUCUCUUCCUGAUGAGUAUACCAUUCUUAGAGACCCAACUAUAUUAAUCAUCGAUGAGGCCACCAGUGCUCUAUAUUCUGAAACUGAAUAUCAUAUGAAGGCAAGUACUUUCAAAAUUGAAAGAAUCUGUCCAUUUUGUCCUCAAUGACAAGACGCAAAAACUAUAUAUACAAUUAGUUGUUAUGCUGUUCAUGAUAUCGUUUUAUCAUGGGGGGCUCUUCAUGCAUUCAUGAAUGAUAUUAAGGCAGGAAGAACUGUCAUUGUUAUAGCACGCAGAUCAACUUCCAACUGCUAUUUUCUUUUUCUUCUGUUUGAGAAGUUCUGCAAGACAUUUUUAACCAUAGAAGCUGCAUAAUGGACGGUGGCUGAGUCACUCUGGUUAGCUGCUGUUCCUUUUCUCUUUUUCUCUUUUACCUUCGCUUCUACAUUAAGAAAGAUUCAUGAGUACACACUUGCAGUUUAAAUAUCAUAGAGUUAUGCAGAUGGAUGAGCACGCAGACUCCUCAAGAAGGAUGGGGUGUAUGCAAAGUUAGAGCUCUGAGCUCAAACAAGCGCUUUGGAUUGACAGUUGAAUUCUUGAAGCCUACUGUGCCUUCAAUCCUUCUUUUGCAACACUAGGGAACUGGCUUUCCUACAUUAAAAAUUUAAAUACCCAAGACUUGAAUUUCACAUUAUGUGGAAGAUCAUAUUUCACUAUAAUCCUUUAUUUGUAUUGAUGACAGCUUAAAUGUUAUAAUAAGACUUGCAAUUAAUGGAACUUCAUUUUUCACUC